AUGGACGACCGGGACGUGGACUGCCCUAAGUCGACUGGAGAGAUAGCACGGUUUCUAUUUUUCAGUAAAGCGGCAAAACUGCGACCGGAACUACUGGGAAGCGAUACGCAGCUGCUACAAAAUGUUCAUCUGGAAGGAUCAAUCUUCUACAUCUCGAGCGGCUGGCAACAGUACCAGGGCAUUGUAAAGGAGCGACCUUGUGUCGGCAUUUCCUGGGAUCCCGAUGUGAGUCAGUACGCCCAAGGAACUGGUGAAAGCGACAAAUGUGAAAUCCAAGUGUCUGCCGCUAAUAGUACUGCCGCUAAUAGUACUGCUGCUAAUGGUACUGCUGCUAAUGGUACUGCUGCUAAUGGUACCGGCGCUAAUGGUACCGCCGUUCACAGUUCUAUCCAGGGCUACAGCCCGGGUUGCAGCAUUCCAAAUAGGUGUCAGAUCAUUCUCCGGGGGACGCGAACCAGCGGAAUGAACGAUGAAGGGGUAGAGCUUUUCGUGCCAGUUUAUCAAGACGUUAGUUUUAUCCCGAUCGAACAUAUACGGAGUUGGAGCUACGGGUUGAGCUUGGUCACACUUGCAAUAAACUCAUACUGCGAGGAACUAGGCAGGAAACAUCUGUACAGAUCGUCGGACAUCGCGCAGAUGCUAUCACGACGCACAGCAGUUUCUUUCUGUGACACACUCCUAUCCAAAAUUUGGCCCGAUGACUGCUCGGAAAGGGGUACGCCGGGGGAGAUUCGUGCCAAGGAAGAGACGCUUCUAUACCUAGGUGCUUCCUUUGAGAAGGAUACUGAAAUUUUAAGUGGCUAUGUAACUUGUGUUGAUAUUAGUCGAAACAGAGGUGUGUUCGACUGGUCGGAAAUAAUGGAACUCAAGCGCGCGUUUCCAAAACUGGAAUCUCUGGAUCUAUCUGGCUGCACUGGUCUUUUCCACACCUUUAGCCGCCCGCUCGAGAACAAUGCGAACGUGUCCUGGCUGCGGAGUAUAAAGCUUCGAGACCUUCACGACCCCCCAGAUGCCCCUCCUUCUGGACGUACGAGGCAUAUAUGCGCGCUGAUACACCGCCUAGGGGAUGUUGUCGACAUCUUAGACUUGGCAGGUAGCGUUCAGAACGAACAGGAGUUAGCCGCUAUUUUCUCGGAGGCCCGACCGUGCACGAGUGAGCCGUCACAGUCGACGUUUCAGAUCAAGAGCUUGCGAUUGAGAUUGAAGAAGUUGACGCUCCCGCUGUUGGCCUCUUUACCUGCCGAAGUCCACGGCCUGGUGCUCGAGCAGGGUCAGCUGAUGUUUUCUGGUGGCGGUCCCCCUAUGCGUCUGGAGGAGGUGACCGCCCGCGAUUCGUUUCUUAAUUGGUACGAGUUGCUGGAGUUAAGCAGUUGUGCAUCUCAGGUACGGUCCCUUAAGAUCGCGUAUCCCAAAACUUCGUUCAAAGGCGAUGUCAAUCCUACGCAAACAGUUAGACACAUUGCCGUCUCCAUUUUCCCCUUGCUCAAAGAUUUGAACGGCACCAAGAUACAUAGCGGUGUUGCUACCGGCAGAGUUGGAACGGACACGAGGGAAGAGGCUGAACUGUAUACAAUCAGUCUGUAUCAGCGUGGACUCCUCUUCGACGUGUUAGGUAAGGCAGGCGUCCCCAGUCGAUAUACCACCAAGCUUAUUGACUGCUCUCAACGCAUACCGCCGAAUGGCCAGCUUAAUUCUUUAACGGCCGAUGAUGUAACUGAGGAUGGCCUUUUAUUGAUAAUGAGCUGGCUGGAAAAACUGUUCAAAACACAUCAAGUCAACUUCGAUCCAGAAUUGCUUCUGAAUCCCAGUCCCCCUGAGGAACUUGUACCUACCACCGUCAGACCCACAAUCCGACUGACGCCGGCCGGAGAGGUGCACCGUCUCAAAAAUCCCGUCGAGUUGUCGUCGUUUGAGUUGUCGUCGUUUCAAAUAUUCCCCGACGUGACCACAGUCCUAAUGCUCAAAUACCGGAUAGCCCUGCAGUUAAGCCGGCGGUUGGACACACCCGUGACAAUGGGACAAGUUACGCUGCUGUACAAGGUCCGUCCCAAUGCUUUCUGUUCCACAAACACUCCCGGUACACUUUGCAAUCUAGCUGUAAAUAACCAAAGGAACAAGUUAGAUGCCCAUCAAACUGAUGGCCUCCUGGAGAAAAAAGACACGGAAGAAGAUGGCGCGGAAGAAGAUGGCGCGGAGGAAGAUGGCGCGGAGGAAGAGGACACGGAGGAAGAACGGAGACUGGUCCGCCUUGAAAAUAGGUUAGGCAUUAAGCAUGAAAAAACCGACGAAGUUGUCAUGGGUCCCAACUGGGCCUUCGUGGACAGCGUGCUACGACUGGACCGGGAAGAAAAGGAGUGCCGCAUCACCGUUCAACUGGCACGAUAG